UAUUGGGAAAGGAAUGCAUAGCUCUCUAUAACCAGGAGGUGGAGGAGCAGUGAAACCCAGAACAAAAGUCCUCCUAUUUCGAAUCCCUACCUUCAAUUCUUCAAUUCCAAGAGGCAAUCUGUCCUUGAAAAAUUCACAGGAUGAGUGCCACUGCAAAUAGAACUCCUAAAUCUGGUAGGCCGACAUUGUUUUACCAAGAUUUAGCUUCACCUAUCUCGUCCCGGAGAGGAAAAAUCUCAACUCCAGGACAGGCGGCUGCAGUAUCUGCUCUAUGGCGUGACAGUUGUAGUGAUCGGUCGGACCUUCCCCCUCCUCCUCUUUACACUUUGGAAGACCGUUCAGACUUCUCCCCGGAAUCUGGAAUCCCAGAUUACCCAAUAUCCCCAGAAGUCAAAUCAGAUCCUAGAACUCCAUUCCAAAGUUUUGGAUAUGAUUACUCAACUCCUGUGAAAAACAAAUCAGAGGCCAGCACCUCUUAUGCUCUCUCAAGUGGACAGAAUGGCCAACAGGGUUCAGCAAGUAUGAACUGGUGGUCAUCCUCGAAGAGUGGCGGUGAGCAAGAUGACAAGGGAAGGAGUUCACCAGUGGAGGGUGUUGUUCAGCCUGGUGCUCUGAUCACUCUUCCACCUCCAAGGGAAGUUGCCAGGCCAGAAAUGCAAAGGAGUACCAUGCCUGCUGCAAAUCCCCAAGAGGAAGAAUGGGUUACUGUUUAUGGGUUUUCUGCAGCUGAUACAAAUUUAGUUUUACGUGAGUUGGAGAAAUGUGGUGUCAUUUUGAAACAUGUUCCUGGCCCAAGAGAUGCCAACUGGAUGCACAUUCUAUAUCAGAGUUCCUCUGAUGCUCAGAAGGCUCUCAGUAAGAAUGGGAUGCAAAUUAAUGGGGCAUUAAUCAUAGGUGUGAAGCCACUGGAUCCAAUGCAACGCCAUAUCUUAAAUGAAAGGCUCAUCAACAACCAGGGUUUCAUGACUUUGCCCCCUCCAUCAUCCACGAGACAUGCAGAAUUAGAUGCUUCAAGAGCGCCCCCUUGCUCUUAUUAUCUUCAAAAUGGUAAUACCAGUGCCCGGCAAUCUGGAGGCACAAUUGCUUCCCCAACGAAGUCAUUGGUGUCCAAGGUCAUGGAUUUGAUGUUUGGUGUCUAGCUUCUGUGGUUAGCCAACAGGUUUCUUGAGAUCGAGGUCAGAGUGUGAGACUAGUGAUUGGUUUGUUUUAGUUUUCGUGCAACAACUGGUUGAUACUGUGGAGAGCGGAGAUCAAUGAUAGUUCUCAUGUCGAAGAUUUGAUGAGGUUCAUUGCUGUAAUGAUAUUUUUUUCGAGUGCCAUGCAGGUUUAUGGCUCCAAUAGUAGAGAACAUUUAAUCCAAACCUGUAGUCAGAUUUGGACUCCAACCCUCCCCCCUCUGCUGAAUCGGGGAAAGAGGUAAAUAAAUGCAUUCAGAAUUUCAUCCAAAUUAUGAAGAUCAUAUUGUUCCAUACAUCUAUGUUCUACAUAUGAUACUCUGAUAUCAUAAAUCUUGCAAUCACUUAUGUGAGUAACAUGGGAUUGAAUGGUAGUCGUCAGUUUAGAUGUUUAGAACAUAGGCAAGUUGAAUACCAUCGUUUGUCCCAAACUCAAAUCCAGUUGCUUCUGCAAUAAUAACAUGACGAUUUAGAAG